UUCCACCUCCUUCUGAUGCUGAAGUUAUUUGCAUAUCUGACAGUGAUGACGACAAUGUUCCUGCUCCUUCGCUAGCGACUGCUGUCCUUCCCAUUCGAGAGCCCAGUCCCGCCCUGCCUUCGGCGCCUCCAAUAACCAUGGAAUCAGAAAAUGAAAUCAUGGUCGAUCUCGAGCAUCAGGUUCCAGAAAACUCGUACUAUGAACUGAUGGAACCCGAGUCCAACUUUGAUGAAGAAAUAGCAAGAUCAGAACUCCAGCGUCAAACAGAGGAAUUGUUUACAUACAUUGAUUUGGACCCUCCAGAACCAAAUUUCGCUGACCAAAUUGCUAGUCCGAUUGCCCAUAAUGACUAUAACACUGCUCAGGACCCACAUGUUCCAGCCCCUGACAUGCUUACCGAUGCCACCCUUCCAUUCUCAGAGAAAGUAACCGGGACUUCCUCAAGUGACACUGUUCCAGUCGAAAUAACUUCUCAACGCAUUGUGGUCGACACUACGUCUCAUUUAGAGUCCUCAUCGAGCUCCAAAAUUUCAAUGGUUGCCCCAGAAGUUCCGUCCCAGACGCACGCUACCGUGCCCACCACAGCUAAACCCUCAAUCACAUGGAAUUAUACCCCUCCCACCACCAACCCGUUCUUUGCUAGAGCGCUUGCUUUCAAUGCAAAGGCAUUGAAAAAACCCCUACCCUUCACUACAGAGAUAUCUCAUGAACCGAAUACAACUACCUCUUUCGCCGCCCCAACUACUUCACCAGCUAUUGUUGGGUCAUUCAAAGCAAACAACCUACCCAAGCCAUUGCUGGAUGAGCAGGUUUCUAACAUCCUAACGGCGAGUUACGAUCUGGUGACAUUACCCUCACCCGUUCACUCGCUACCUUGUGACGGUGAUAGGAGUAUUUUUUCACCUCUUGCAGAUGAAGCUGCAGUAGAGGCGGCCCAACAGCUUUCACAAACAGACUCUCGCAACAACAUCAGUGCUUCUUCAACCCACACUGACCAGCCUUCUACCUGUGACUCUAAUGCCAUGAAGGUCCCUAUCUCCAUUUCAGACAUACCAGCAGCAGCAGCAGCAGCAACUGCUCCUCCCUCAUCCGUCCUCCUCCCUAUUCCACCACGUGUGCAGCGCCCCAUAAAAGGACUAUCGCUUACCGAGCUGAUCAAUUACAGACGAGAGGAGCACUUCAUGUCGCAUCCUUCUGGCGAACACAUCGACCUCACGGACGACGUGUCUCCUCCAAGUGGUGGUAGGUCAGGCGUUCAUGGUGUCAAAGCCUCAGGAAUCUGAAUCUCCACAUAUUAUAUCCAAUAAUGCAUCUUCAUUUCCUGCCCCAGUCUUUCCUGGACAACUGGCCCCGAUUGUCGAGACUCGUACACCAAGUAUACAGGAAAUCCGCGAUCUAAUGCGUCAGUGUCCAUCCGGUAGUAAACUCAGCAGCUCUUCAGCAGCCAGCAACCCAGCCACCUCAUCUGCAGCAUC